UAUUUGGAUAAAAUACUUUGACAUAGACAUCACUUUGUAAAUUUGGUUCGGCGUUUCCCCCAAAAAUAGUCUCCAAAGUAGCUCAAAAUCUCCGAAAUCCUAGCCAUACGGUGCGAGUUAAACCCGAAGCUCCAUCGCAAAAAUGCCAGUGGCCGUGCGUCUUGUGGAGACCCUCACCCUCAUCACCAUCAUGGGUCUGAUCACCUGCAUUGGCCUCAGCGUGAUCCUGGCCCAAAAAACCCUCAGUAUGACCAUAACGUUUCUGGAGCGAAUAUUGCCAAUCUGGUAUUAAUUCUGACCGAAAAAGUGCUGGUGUCCUCACUACUCUGCGUGUUGGGUCUCACGAAUGUUGUGGGAAAUGCCCUCCAAGGCGCUGGCAUCGCCUGAUGAUCGCUCCCACUUCCCUCCACUACUUUCGGUUUUCUGGUCCACGUUGAACUCUGUUGUAUGCCCCAAAAUUCUCAAUAUAUUAUUAGCCUUACGUUUUAUUAUGCCAUUACU